AUGCCGACUCACUACGAAAUCCUCGGAAUUGCCAGCGACGCUAAACCCGACGACAUCGUCAAGGGGUGGCGAACCGCAGUGGCAGACGUAUUACAGCGGCACGGACUUUUCCCUACCAGUGUUGCAGCGGUGGAGGAUUAUCGCAAAGUCCAGGCCGCAUAUGAUUGCCUGAUUAAACCCGAAUCGCGAGCAGAGUACGACGCGAUGCUGCAGGAGCUCGCCGCAGAGGAGCGCUCACUCUUUGGCGAGCGAAAGGCGCGGAGGCGAGCCAAGGAAGAGGAACUCAAGAAAGCCAAGGUGGAGCCCCCUCCAUACGUAUGGAAUGAGGAUACCAAUUCUCCUCUGUUCUGGACGCCUGGACGAAAGUUGAUCGAGGGACCCAAGCAGCCAGAAGGGGACGCAACCCCCGUCGCCUAUUACCGGCGAGCCUCUCUCGAUAAAGCCCUGGUCCUCGCCUCUUCAGCUGAUUCGUCUUCCUCUGACACACCGAAACCCGCGACGCCCCCGCCAAAGUAUAGUCCCCGGCCACGUUCGUCGACAUCGCCUUCACUUCCUCGUCCUGCACUCACUCAACACUCGUCUUCAUUCCAAGUUUCUAUACCCUCUGCACCUGUCAAGGCCCCAGUACAGCAAAAGCGAGCUGCUGUGGCCCAGGUUCCGACAAUGUCUGCCGCCGACUAUAUGCUUUUGCAAAAGGCCAACAUCCAAGCCGCCGAGGAGCGCCAUAGGAGAAAAGUCGAGGCAGAGCGCCUCAAGGCUCUGCGAGAAGUGGAGAAGCGACAACGUGCCAUCGCCAAGGAGCAGCGAAAGCGGCUGGAGCUCGAGAUUGAAGCACGCAAGAUUGUCGAGCGGGAACGCGAAAACUUGCUCAAAGAGAUUGAACUCCUUCGACUCAAAGAGGAACAGGACAAGCUGCGAGAGGAAAAGGAGAAACUGAAGCAGGAGAGACGUGCUACCAAGCAGGUCCGCUGGGGCUUCACAGAGGUCGCUCCAGAGCCCACUUACGAGCGACAUACUAUCGAGACGGGACCCUACUUUGACUACGAUGGCUGGUACUCGGACCCAGAGCCGCCUCGGCGACGACCGAAUGUCCUUCGAAAGCUUCGAAAGGCCAUCUUUUAG